CACAUAUGUGCAACUAUUUGAGAUUUAAAAAGGAACUGGAACACAUAGCACUGUACUUGGAACCGACUCCAAACAGAAGAUGCUUUGGUUUUGCAGCACACUUUUGUUCAUCCCUAUGGUGAUGUGUGGCCAGCCAACAGUAGAGGAGCUAAGCCAUCUGAUUGGAUAUGAUAUCGAGCUGAAGACAAUUUGGGACACAGCUGAACGACAGAAAGCUGAAGUUUUCUGGGCCAGGCCAACUUCUGUAGAACAAAUCCAGAAAUUAGUUCUUGCAGCUAAAAAGUUUGAGUUACAUGUUCGUGCAGUGGGUUCUAAGCACUCGUGGUCGCCCAUAUAUGCCGACAAUGGAAAUAUUGCUUUGGAUCUAUCACAGCUUGAGGGGAAAAAAUUCACUAUUGACAAAGAUAGAAUGUUGGUCAGUUCUCUAGCAUCUGCAACAAUAGAAGAAUUACUUAAAUUCAAGACCCAACAUGGAGUUACGAUUCCUUCAGUCUCUAAUGUAGAUAUACCAACUCUGCAAGGAGUCACUGCCACUUCAGCUCAUGGGUCUAUAUCAAAAGAGGGACCUACUAGCACAUUUGUGUAUGGAUUGGAUUUGGUAGAUAGCAGUGGACGUGUACGACAUUUCAACGAUGACGAUGAUAAAGAUGUCAUAUCUGCAUGUAAGGUCCAUGUGGGAAUGUGUGGCAUCAUCUAUAACACAACUGUGAAGGUUGUUCAAGACAGAGUGUUUAAGUUCACUAAGGCAGAUAUCAAAGUAUCUGAUUUGCUUCUCAACCAAGAGAAUCGUAAAGAUUUUGUGAUGAACAACUAUGGCGUGUUACUUCUCUGGAAGACAUUCAGUGGGGCUACAGAGGCAGAGAUUGCGGCAAAGGAGGAGGAUGAAUUCAAGAGACCCCCAAACACAUGGAGAGCAGCCAAUGAUUAUACAGGUGUAUGGACAAUGAAUCCAGUUGAAGAUGCAUCAAUUACACCUGACAAAGUUGAGUUCCGGGAGACAAUUAAACUGAAGGAUGGUACAUCUAUACAGGUGACUUCAGACUACAGAUGGGCAUCUGAGAGUAUCUUAUUCCCUGCAUGGGUGGCUGAAGUUCCCAUUACCCUGAGAUGGAAUGUUGCAUGGGCUACUCCAGAAUCAGAGGAUUUCUCAGCAGGUCAAAAGACACUUGAGAAUUACUUCAAUGUGAUAGAGGCCAAUAUUAAACGUCUUGGAGUAUACAAAGAUGCUUUUGGAAUUAUUAGAUGGCUCAGCCAUAAAGAGGACUGCACUUUAUGCCAUACAAAAAUGGCCAAUGAGUUCAAGCUGAUGAUGGAGAUAGAAUGGACACCAGCAUGUCGACCCUGUAACACACACUUCAUGGAUGAGUCUGUCAGGGACAAACUUUGGUCCACCCAGUUUGCAACUGGUAUGAUGUCCAACAACAGUAGAAUCCUACCACAUUGGGGCAAAUACUACGACUAUAUUCCAGGCAUGGUGUCUCUUCUAAAAGAAAACUAUGGAAGCAGUUUUGAUGAUUUCAUCAAGAUACGUAACAAGGCGUUUCUGGAUCCCGAUAAUACGUUCAUGAAUUCACAUUUGAAGGAUUUGUUCCACGACGCAAUCGUGAGAAACACUGAGAACACGUGUGCAACACAGAAUACAGCCAAACAUGAACAUGAUGAGAUUUGAGCAUUUUUAGAGACACUGAAUAGAGCC